UAUAUUACUUUCAAACAUCCUAAUAUUAACAUUGCCAUUUUUCCCGGUAACACAUAUAUUGCCGGAAACAGAAACAAAAGAAACACCAUUGCUAUAUCUAUUCUUCUAUCUGAUAUACCUCUAUCUGUCUUUGUAUAUACGUAGAGGUUAUAUCACAUAUAUAUUUACAUUUUAUUAAAGCUUAUGUUUAGUUUUUAGCGUGAUUUAUAUAUAUAAACUAUUGAGGAAUUUUAGUGUUUGUACGUUGGUGGUGGUCGUUUUGGGAUUGAAGAUUUUGGAAUUCAUGCUUGCUUUGGCAUCGUUGAGAAACUGUAGCGAUGAAAGAAAAGGAGCAGAAAACCUUGAGAUGGAGGGUAGUACUUUUUCUAUUGGAGUGGAUGAUGAUUUUUCAACUGGUAACUUACUCGACGAUAUCGAUUUUGAUGACCUUUUUGUCGGUAUGGAUUACGGGGAUGUGUUACCAGAUUUGGAGAUUGACCCAGAGAUUCUUGCUGAGUUCUCAGUUAGUGGAAGUGGUGAAGAAUCUGAAUUUCAUAAUCUAUCAUCAUCAAUAUCAAAUGAUCAGGAAUUUUUAUUCUUCGAUGACGAUAACAAGCAACAUAUUGUUAAAAGAUCAGAAGAAGAUGAAGACAGUGGUUCAGGGUCAGCAGGUUCAUGUUUGAGUAGUAGAGGUGAUGAGAUUGUGAGUAAAAGAGAUGACUCAUCUUCAACAAAAGCGGAUAAUGAUAACCAAUCUCAAAAGGAUUCGAGUAAAUGUCGUAAAUCGACAUCAUCCUCGCAAUCUAAAGGGUCAUCACAAGGAAAACGAAAAGUGAAGGUUGAUUGGACGCCAGAGCUGCACAGGAGAUUUGUGCAAGCAGUGGAGCAACUAGGGAUGGAUAAGGCAGUCCCUUCAAGGAUUUUAGAGAUUAUGGGCAUCGACUGUCUCACUCGCCACAAUAUCGCAAGCCACCUCCAAAAAUAUCGAUCCCAUCAAAAACAUUUGUUAGCUAGAGAGGCAGAGGCAGCAAGUUGGAGCCAAAGAAGACAACUUUAUGGAGGCGGUGGUGCUGCCUCAAGAGGAAAUACUAAUAAUAAGAUUAGAUCUGAACCUCAUCAUCCUCAUCAUAACCCAUGGAUUGCACCAACAAUGGGUUUCCCACCUCCGACACCUCCAAAUCUUUUACAUCCAUAUAGACCUUUGCACGUGUGGGGUCAUCCAACGGUGGAUCCUUCGUCCAUGCACGUGUGGCCUAAACAUCUUCUUCAUCAUGCACCUUCUCCACCACCUCCUCCUACUUCUCAUCCUCGAUGGCCACCACCUCCUCCGUCUCUAACUCCUACAUCGUCUCCGCCUGACCCUUCUUCGUUUUGGCACCCUAACCAUCACCAACGACUAGUAUCAAACAAUGCUCUUACGGCAGGGACUCCUUGCUACCCUCAUCAACAACAACUAGGAACAAUGAGGCCAAUAUCGUCUGCACCACUAGUACCAGGAAUUUUACCACCAGCACAUGCCACCAUGUACAAAUUAGAGCACGGCAUUGGCGGCGUUCCAACACCACCGAGUUCUGGAUUUUCAUCAACAUCAGAUUCCCGGACUCAUCCCCAACUUGACCUCCUCCAUCCGCUGCAGACCAAAGACAAAGUAGAUGCAGCAAUUGGAGAUGUACUAACAAAACCGUGGUUGCCACUUCCUCUUGGUCUUAAGCCUCCUUCACUUGAUAGUGUUUUGGUUGAACUCCAACGUCAAGGCAUUCCAGAGAUCCCUCCCACAACCUCUGCUUCAACUUCUACAUCUACUGCCUCCGCUGGUGUUUGAUAUUGAUUGGCAGACUUGUUAACGACUUGAUCACUAAUAGUUCCCUUAGCUAUCAAUUAUUAAGGGUUCGUUGGUGGAUCAUGUAGGCAUUAGCUAGUUAUCUAGCUAGGCCUAAACCCAAUUCGACGAUUUUUCCUAUGUGUAGAUGCAUCGUUUGUAGCUACACAUCGAUCUCAUCUCAUGUUUUGAGUACACAGCUAGCUGUUUUUAGAAAGUGUUAUCUGCGUCAUCCUUUCUUCCGGAUUAUCCUUUAGUGAUGAGGAUUGAAUAGUUCUUGUUCUUACUGCAUGCAUGUCUUUCAUAUCGUGCAUGCAAGAACAUCUUUUCUCUCUUCUUUUUACAUUGGCACUUAAACCAUGAGCAAUAAAAUUGUGUAAUGGUACUGGUGAUGAGUUAUAUAUUAUAUAUAUGUCCCUUGAAUAAUGGAUCGAUGACAGUUACAACUUCAAC